AUUUUGCAAACAUUUACAGCAAUUAACCAGAAGAAUGAGUUCUUCAUCGGUGUUGACAUUGGACUCAAUCAAUCAGAGGGUCAGACAUAUGGAAUACGCCGUCAGAGGACCUAUUCCUCAGAGAGCUCUUCAAUUGGAAAAAGAGUUGAAAUCGGGAGCGAAGAAGCCUUUCGAUGAAGUGAUUCGUGCAAACAUUGGUGACUGUCAUGCCAUGGAUCAGAAACCCAUCACUUUCUUCAGACAAGUGCUGUCCGGAGCCGCAGAUCCGCUGCAAAUGCACUCAAAUCCUAAUAUUCCUAAAGAAGUGAAGCAAAGAGUGGAUGAAUUGCUCGAUGGCUGUGGCGGCAGAUCUGUCGGCGCCUAUUCCGAGGCCACAGGAGUUGAGAUCAUACGAAGACAUGUCGCCGAAUAUAUUGAGGAAAGGGAUGGUCUGGCGAGCGAUUGGCAGAACGUAGUGCUGACUACCGGUGCUUCCGAAGGCGCCAAAGCUAUCCUCGGUUUCAUAAACUCGUCGUCAAAGGAUGGCAUUCCUACCGGUGUUAUGGUUCCCAUCCCUCAAUACCCCUUAUAUUCAGCGACUUUGACUGAAUUGGGAAUGAAUUUGAUUUCAUACUAUUUGGACGAACAGAACCAAUGGGCGCUUAAUAUCAACGAACUUCGCAGAGCUCUCGAAGAAUCCAAGAGUGUCUGC